UUUCUGAUGCCUGUUACAGGUCUUCCUGCAAGCUGUUUUUCUCUAAUGAUCCGGUGAAGAUUGUGAAGGCAAAAGGCCAAUAUAUGUAUGAUGAGGAUGGAAGACAAUACCUUGACUGCAUAAACAACGUUGCUCACGUUGGGCACUGUCACCCCGAUAUAGUUAAAGCAGCCCAUGAACAGAAUCAAUUGUUAAAUACAAAUUCUCGCUAUCUUCAUGACAACUUGGUUGAUUAUGCAGAGAGACUUUCAAAAACGCUACCUGAGAAAUUAUGCAUCUUCUAUUUUUUGAAUUCUGGCUCUGAAGCUAACGAUCUUGCCCUGAGGUUGGCACGACAGUACACAAAACAUGAGGAUGUCAUCGUGUUAGAUCAUGCUUACCACGGACAUCUGACAUCUUUGAUUGACAUAAGCCCAUAUAAAUUCAGAAAUCUAGAAGGACAAAAGGAAUGGGUCCACGUGGCUCCUGUUCCAGACACAUACAGAGGACUUUACAGAGAAGACCACGAAGAUUCAGUGACAGCUUAUGCUGAUGAAGUGAAAAAUAUUAUUGAGCGUGCACAUAAGAGAGGCAGAAAGAUUGCUGCAUUUUUUGUUGAAUCUCUACCAAGCGUGGGAGGUCAAAUCAUUCCACCAGCAGGUUACUUUCAAAAGGUUGCACAGCAUGUGCAUAAGGCAGGAGCUGUAUUUAUUGCUGAUGAAAUUCAGGUUGGCUUUGGCAGAGUUGGGAAGCACUUUUGGGCAUUCCAGCUUCAGGGAGAAGACUUUAUACCUGACAUUGUCACUAUGGGGAAACCAAUAGGAAAUGGGCACCCUCUUGCCUGUGUGGCAACAACAAAGGAAAUUGCAGAAGCGUUUGCAGCCACAGGAGUGGAGUAUUUUAAUACAUUUGGUGGAAACCCUGUUUCAUGUGCGAUUGGAUUAGCUGUGUUAGAUGUGAUUGAGAAGGAACACCUUCAGGCUCACGCCACAGAGGUAGGCAACUUCUUGAUGAAGCUACUCAAGGAGCAGCAAACCAAGCAUCCCAUCAUUGGUGAUGUCAGGGGUUGUGGCUUAUUCAUUGGAGUGGACUUAAUCAAGGACCAAGCAGAAAGGACCCCAGCCCCAGCAGAAGCAGAGUAUCUGAUAACAAGACUUAAGGAAGAAUAUAUUCUACUGAGUACAGAUGGACCAGGAAGAAAUGUGCUGAAAUUCAAGCCCCCAAUGUGCUUCAAUAUGGAGGAUGCAAAAUUUGUUGUGGAAACAAUGGACAAGAUACUAACAGAUAUGGAAAAAGGACAUCUGAACCAACAGAAAACAUCUACUUGUUCUACCUGAGCAGGUUUCAAACAAGAUCUACUACUAAGAAACAUUAUUCUACUAUAAUAAUGCACAUUUAAUCUUCAUCCUAGCAUGUCUUAGAUCAGAUAAGUCACCUUUGAUUUUGUUAUUUUCAGUUAUCUUGUUUUUAGUAAAAUUUUUAGGAGAAAUAAAUUUUACAAGAGCUUGUCUCAA